GCUAAUAUCGCCCGCGAGCGGACGCGAUUUUGAAACAAGCCGUGCCAGACGCGCUUUCUUAAAACGAAACAAAAUCACCAUCAAUAUUUGUGGGUGUUCGCUGUCUUGUUAUUGUGGUUUCCUCCGGAACUUUGAACAUCACCACCCGGGGAGGAUUGUUUUUAAAACAUUCUGUUUUGGAAUUUCAAGAAGCAACAUGAUGCUCUGCGAAGUUCAACGCUGAAAACAACCUUAAACGAUCUUGCUGCUGAUUUCCGAUGAAAUUCGACUAUUUCAGAUCCAUGGAACAUUCAGGCAUGGAGACAAAUAUCACACUGUGGCAAUUCCUGUUAGAGUUGCUACUUAGCAACCAGUAUACGCACAUCAUUACUUGGACCAAUAACGAUGGUGAGUUCAAAUUGCUGAACGCUGAAGAAGUAGCUCGACUAUGGGGCCUGCGCAAGAAUAAGCACAAUAUGAACUAUGACAAACUAUCUCGAGCGUUGCGGUAUUACUAUGACAAGAAUAUCAUUAGAAAAGUUCUUGGUCAGAAAUUUGUGUAUCGCUUCGUCUCGUUCCCAGAAAUUGUCAAAACGGAGAACAAGAUACCUUUCCAUGUCAAAAUGGAGACAAUCAAUAAAGCUCAGCAGCCUUUCAGACAAUCAUCACCUUCUCCUCAACAUGCUCAUAAGAGUCCACCUUAUGGCUUGCCUAAACCUGAACCGCUUUCUCCGAAGAGACAUCAAGAACUGUACGAAGGACGACCCAACGGGCUUUGGUUGUUGUCACCUCGUCAUGUACCAUCUGAUUUGAGGAGAGAAAGCAAAAGAUCAUUCAGCGAUGACGACGAUGACAUCGCUCCCUCACAGGACCAUGACGAUGGUUCGUGUGAACUUCCUCGAGACCUAUCAACCACUGGAUCAUCCAAACGCAUCAAGUCUGAACCUGAAACAAGUGAUUCUUGUCAUUCGCCUUCAGGCUCAUCUGGUAGCGGAAGUCCAGCUCCUUCCCUAGGAGGUGGAAGCACAGGUUCCGGCACGGUAGUAUCAAUACCAAGACCAAAGCCAAAGCCUCCGCCGAUAGGUCCCAUAUCAACAUCAGCUGCCGCUGCUUUGGGUUCACUGCAGACACCCAUUGUAACAUUCGCUAGCCCCUUCUUGCCUCAGAGUAAAACUCCACUGGUGACUUUACCUUUUUGGAGCCCAUUCGCUCUUCCUAGCCCUAGGGGCUACUCCACUUCUGGUAGUGGCGGCACUCAUUUCCAAUUCCCUAGCACACAUGUGGGCCUGGCCUCCUUUCCUCCGCUCAGUCCAUUCCUGGGACAUCCGUAUUCACCUUUCGAUCCACAACUGCUGCUUUCACCUGCAAAAUCCAUCCCAGUGCUUCAGUGAGAUUUACAAGUCCUUAUGCUUUCAUAAUAGUGUAUGAUGUGGUUAUUGGCACACUCGCUUAACCUGUUACUCGACUCUUGUUCCAGCAUCUUCAAAGAGAACUCGUUUGGAUGCUGUUUCUUCCUGUCUCUCAAGUGCCCUCAAGAUGUUUCUGAAAACUGAUCUCCGAGCCUCUUUCUCAGUAGGUAGCUAACAGAUUAAUCUACAAGUACAGUAGAGGCUAUCGAAUAGCUAUUUCAACUGCAUGUGAUGUUUUCUAAGGCGGCAAUUAGUUUGAUCAGAACUGUCCAUUUAUCCUCAAAAUUUAUCCUAUUCUACAUGGACAAUCAAUCUCAGUUCGAAGCAACUGAAAUAUUCAUUUGUUUGGAAAAAUAUCUAUGUUUUAAUUGAAAAUAAAUUGAAUGCAUAAAAAUUGAACUUUAGUGUAACCCAAAUGUAAAUUUAUGAUGAAUUUAGUGAAAUUAGUUAUAUGGACAAUGCUUCAGUUUUGAAAACAUAAUUCAAGAAAUUCUGCUCUGUGAUAAAACGUCUAGAAAUGGAAUCGGAACAUUUUACGUUUACCAUUGCUUGACCUGUAGAGACCAAAAGCUGCGCAGAAAUCAACAGAUUGAACACAAAAACUUACCUUCAGUAGUUUGUUCUAAUGCUAGUCGAAUGUCAGUAGAAUUUCUCAGAGCUUCGAACGUAAGAAUCAUCCUUAUCAUGCCAGGUGAUUUCUGUGAAUGAACUUUUCUGUAUUCUGUUUAUUCUAAAGAAUGAUGACAUUUAUUAGCUAAGUAUGUUUUUGUAUUAUAGUUAUUUUGGCCCGAUAUAUUCAACAUGUAUUUUCGAAAAUAAUUGGUGCAUCCAGCGCUUAGGAUGAUUUCAUCACUUUUUGGGUUGAGCCUGACUGGACUGUGAGUGGCUGAGCCUGGAUGACGUCAUCUACCUCAAAGUACGAGAGGCCUCGUAUCAUCUCUGCUCAAAAGAAUCGAUCCAGAAUCCUUAUAACCAAGAAGUGCCUGGAAAAGAUUUUAAAAUGUGUAUUUUCGCCGUUGUAUCCCGUUACAGAUUUUAUUUCCUACAGAUGAACUUGUUUUUUAUCAAGGGACUUUCAUACUUGAGUAUCUUCAUCACAGAAUAAGCCCGUUUUUGCCUCUUCUUGUUAGCUGGAGGAUUCGUGGACUAGUGCUGUUUUCAUUGAAAGUGUGUUUUAAAUUCUGUAGGCGUCAUCUAAGACUGUUGCAUCUUCUGUGGGUGUCAUCUCAGACUGUUGCAUUGAGUUGAAUUAAGUGCAUCAGUGUCUUAACUUCUCGCUGUCUGUACUGUAUUCAGUUGAACUCUUCUGUUUGUGCAAUAAGUUACUUUCUCUAUUUUGAAUGAUUCUUAAAGAUAUUUUUUAAAGAAAUAUUGAAGUUUAUAUCGGAUAAGAAAUUAGAAACCAGCAGAUUAAAUUUUUAUAUUGUGUAUUAUUUCGCAAGAACUAGUAUACCACGUUCCUUCUCUGUAAGUUGUAGGUACUUAGCUGUUUCAGCAUAGAAGAAAUAUUUUUUGACGAGUUACUAUAAAUAAUUCUGUAUUAAAUUGAUCAGUUAAUAUGGAUUUAACAAAAAGAAAAGUGUAUGUGACAGUGUUGAAUAUUUGAGAAUUUCCUAAAAAUAUAAGUUAUAAUUUAUAAUUUUUUCAAAUGAUUCUUAAAUAUGUUUUUGUUUGAAAAUGAGCUUCUUUAAACAUGAGUUUCAUGCUUAAGGAAGGAAGGUAAGCAUGCUAUUGACUGCAAACUAGCACAAGUAAAGUCUUCAUUCUAAAUGAAGUUUUAAGUACAGUUCUUUUUUAAUACCAUAGGAAUAUAAUUUUAUAAAACGAGUUAUUCAGAGACUAUUAAUUAUUUAAAAAAUCAGCAAUUUUUCUAUUAUUCUGGACAUUAACCUAAAAAUAGAUAUCUUUUGCACGUUUAAUAGCAGUUACCUAUACAUUAGUAUUAUUUUCAUACUUAAAAUAAAUAUCUACUUAUAUCGCUUAACUAUUUUCCUCUUUUUCGUAUUAUCCGUAGGUGUACAGCGUACCGUAAUUUGUUAUGGAUGUAAUUAUAAUUGCAUAUGAAAAUAAUACCAAAUAUAAAUGCAAUAAAUACUGUUGGUUUCGGCGAAUUUUGCUCAUUUAAGGGUUGUUUUGUACAGAUAGUAAGGAUAACUAAAACAAAAUGUACAGAUGUCUUCUAUUCUUGUAUGCAUAGAGACGGACCAAUUGCGGCCUUGUAUCAUAGUGCUCUCUUAGAUGAGCUCCUUCUGUAUUGAAAUACAUUAUUUACUGUUAAAUAAAAGGUAUUAUACAAAAA